AUGGAAUCUUGUAGAUCCUCGGCAGAGAUACUCAAGAUCAUCCUCGUGUUCAUAUACUUGUCACGAGACGUCGCCUCCGUCGAUUUGAUCCCCUAUUUCCGCGUGCAUCCUGGGCAAAGAUACGAGAAUGUGACGUCAGAAUCUCAGGAGCCCAGUCUCGGAUCUUGCACCGUAAAUUGUGUGCUGCAGGAACCGAGUGCCUGCCCCGCCUUCAACUAUCGGGAGACAGAUGGUUCGUGCCAGUUUAUUCUCAACGGGAAGAACAAGCUUAUUGAAGCCAAUGGAUACCUGUCCUACGUCCAGAAUUUAUGUGUGAGAGAGUAUCCGAUGAUCGAGAACGCGAAGGUGUCCUUCGAGAGAUGGAGCGGAGAAUAUCCAGCACCAGCAGGAGUGAACGUUAUAUUCCGUUGUGAACAUCCGAAUGGGUUCUCGGAUGGAGCUCAUCUCCACACUGCUCAAUGCGCUUCCUUCAUGCCAGAUUCUUGGCGUAUCUCCUUCCGGAAGAGUGCGGUGCAAUGUGAAGAAGUGCAUUUGUAUCCAGAAUGUCGUUUGACAGAAAAGGGCAAGGAAUACGCAGGAGGAAUGAGCGUGACGGAGUCGGGCAAGAAGUGCCUCUUCUGGAGAGAUUAUCCCUAUGGAAGACCGGAUGACUUCUCGAACAUCCCAUUCAUAAUACUUGACGAAUUGAUUUCUGAUCUGGAACCCGGAAGGCCACCGUAUGACUUAUUAUACGAGCGCCACUUCCUUAAUCGAGACUCCGGGUCUCACCGCAACUACUGCCGGAAUCCAUCCAGGAGGGAGAGACCCUGGUGCUUCGUUUCCGAACCUGAUAUCCAGUGGGAAUACUGCAACAUCCCUUUUUGCACUGACGCAGUCGCACCAGAGUGCAAAGUGACUCGAUGGGGAGGGGAAUACAUGGGCACGAAGAACGUGACAAUCCAAGGAUGGCCCUGCCAGCCUUGGAGAAACGAAGAAGACAUUGAAAAUCUCCUGGCUUUCCCUGAUCCCGAUCGCGUUGACGAAGAUCACAACUUCUGCAGAAACCCAAAUACGGAAAAGGAAACCGUCAUUUAUAACCUUAAUCCAAACGAAGCUCCUUGGUGCUACCUGGAUUUUCGGGAAAGAGCUCCGUUUGGGUUCACGUGGGCUUUCUGCGACAUCCCGUUCUGCGACCUGGGAGAUGAAAUACCUAAAGCCGGAACGGGAGUAUAUCCAGAAUGCCGACUGUCAGAAAAGGGAAGGGAAUACGUUGGGAGCCAGAGCAAGACAGAAACUGGCAGGGCAUGCAUACUAUGGCAUCCUCGACCUUACAAAAUCCCUUGGGAUUUUUACCCCAAAGGCUUUCGAUACGAACUACAUUUCAUGGAAACCUUCAGGCGGAUUGAACUCAACAACAACCACAACCACUGCCGAAAUCCAGGUGUGGACAGGGAACGACCAUGGUGCUUCGUCUCCGACAAUGACAUACAGUGGGAGUACUGCGACAUCCCCUUCUGCCAAGACCUCAAUCCACCUGAAUGCAAAAUCACAGAGCGAGGAGCGGAGUAUGUGGGAAAGAGAAGCGUGACGAUAUCCGGGGUCCCCUGCCUACCUUGGCUCAUGAUCGUAUUUUUUUACAUGUUGGAUCCUCCACGGAUGAUCCUUAGGAUUCCAGAUGAAGUAGAUGGAAGGCAUUCGUAUUGCCGCAACCCUGAAGGAGGGGGUUACGGUCCUUAUUGCUACACCAGCUUCGAAGAGAAACAUUGGGGGUAUUGCGACGUUCCAUAUUGUCCAACCGUUGACAGUGAAAAAUGCGAUGUUCGAGUCGCAGGGCAGUGUGUCAGCCCACUGGAAUGCAAGAUGGACGUGAAGGGGACGGCAUAUAUUGGAACGAAGAAUGUGACCCGCAAUGGGCAUAAAUGCCUGUCGUGGAUGAGCAAAUCACCGUGGAGCCAAGAUCCUGGGGAUACUUCUGAUAUAUAUUACGACGAUUCUUUUCCUAUUACUGGUGACCUAGCAGUUCUUACAAUUGAUUUGGGACGGGACGACAUGCACGCAAAACACAAUUUCUGUCGGAACUUUUUGGGAGACGAAGACGGUCCUUGGUGUUUCAAGAGCGAUGGGAUUGGACGGGAUUAUUGCGAUAUCCCCAUCUGUCCAUAA